AUGUGGGUACAGACAGCAGAGGGAGGGGGGGUAAAUGUGGGUACAGACAGCAGAGGGAGGGGGGGUAAAUGUGGGUACAGACAGCAGAGGGAGGGGGGAGUAAAUGUGGGUACAGACAGCAGAGGGAGGGGGGGGGGGGUAAAUGUGGGUACAGACAGCAGAGGGAGGGGGGGGGGGGGUAAAUGUGGGGUACAAACAGCAGAGGGAGGGGGGGUAAAUGUGGGUACAGACAGCAGAGGGAGGGGGGGUAAAUGUGGGUACAGACAGCAGAGGGAGGGGGGGGUAAAUGUGGGUACAGACAGCAGGAGGGAGGGGGGGGGUAAAUGUGGGUACAGGACAGCAGAGGGAGGGGGGGGGUUUGGCUCUGUAUCAGUCACUCCUCUGUAUCUGCAGGUGAUCAGCAUUAAAGACAACGACAGCCUGGCGGCGCGCCUGGCCGUGGAGAUGAAGGCCGACCUGCUCAUCGCGCUCUCUGAUGUUGAAGGACUUUACAACAGCCCCCCAGGGACUGACGACUCAAAGCUCAUCGACAUCUUUUACCCCGGAGACCAGCAGUCAAUCACCUACGGCACCAAGUCCAGAGUGGGGAUCGGAGGGAUGGAAGCAAAGGUGAAAGCGGCUCUCUGGGCGCUGCAGGGCGGGACCUCCGUGGUCAUCGCCAACGGUACCCACCCCAAAGUGACGGGGCACGUGAUCACAGACAUCGUGGAGGGGAAGAAAGUGGGAACGUUCUUCUCCAAGAUCAAACCAGCAGGUCCCACUGUGGAGCAUCAGGCUGAGAUGGCCCGGAGCUCUGGAAGGAAGCUGUCCUCUUUGGCCCCAGACCAGCGGAGUGAGAUCAUCUGCCAGUUAGCCGCGCUGCUGACAGAGAGGGAGGACCAGAUCCUGGCUGCCAACAAAAUGGAUGUGGAGUUGGCCGUCACCACAGAAAACAUGCCCCCGCCGUUGCUGAAGCGCCUGAGUCUGUCUCCGUCCAAGCUGAGCAGUCUGUCCUCGGGGCUGCGGCAGAUCGCGGUGGGGGCCCAGGAGAGCGUGGGGCGGGUUCUGCGUCGCACCAGAGUGGCCCACAGUCUGGAGCUGGAGCAGGUCACGGUGCCCAUCGGAGUCCUGCUCGUCAUCUUUGAGGCCCGUCCCGACUGCCUCCCACAGGUGGCAGCGUUGGCCAUCGCGAGUGGAAACGCUCUCUUGUUGAAGGGAGGGAAGGAAGCUGCCAACACCAACCGUGUCCUGCAUCAGCUCACACAGGAAGCACUGACCAUACAUGGAGUCACGGACGCUGUGCAGUUGGUGAGCACUCGUGAAGAGGUAGAGGACCUGUGUCGACUGGACCAGCUCGUAGACCUGAUCAUCCCGCGGGGGUCGUCCCAGCUGGUGCGGGACAUCCAGCACGCAGCCAGAGGCAUCCCGGUGCUCGGACACAGCGACGGCAUCUGCCACGUGUUUGUGGACGUGGAGGCGAGCGUGGAGAAAGUCCUCAAGAUCGUGAGAGAUUCUAAAUGUGACUACCCAGCAGCGUGCAACUCCAUGGAGACUCUGCUGAUCCAUCGAGACCUCCUCAGGACCCCAGUGUUCGACCAGAUUAUUGACAGUCUGCGCACAGAAAGGGUGAAGAUCCACGCCGGGCCGCGCUUUGCCUCGUUCCUGACGUUCAGUCCGUCUGAAGCCAAGUCUCUGAGGACGGAGUACGGAGACCUGGAGUGCUGCGUGGAGGUGGUGGACAGUCUGCAGGAGGCCGUGGACCACAUCCACAAAUACGGAAGCUCGCACACGGACGUCAUCGUCACAGAGAACGAGGACACAGCGGAGUUCUUCCUGCAGCAGGUCGACAGCGCCUGUGUGUUCUGGAACGUCAGCUCCAGGUUCUCUGACGGCUACCGUUUUGGACUGGGAGCAGAGGUGGGCAUCAGCACAGCCAGGAUCCACGCCCGGGGCCCGGUGGGGCUGGAGGGCCUCCUCACCACCAAGUGGCUGCUGAGAGGAGAGGGCCACACGGCCUCAGACUUCUCUGAUCAGGGCUCCAUGAAGUACCUCCAUGAGAACCUGCCCAUCGGCCCCCUGGUGGCCAGUCACAGGAACAGCCACUAA